GACAGUGACAGUAGUUGGCAAAAACCAAGAAUCAAGAAUAGAUGUUUUAAAAUAAUAAAAAUGUCUUAUAUUGUAGGACCUAACGUUGUUAGAUAUGCUUGCACUUGUGGUCUAUUGAAACCAAUAUCAUAUUUAUAUUUUUGCAGAUAUUGUACGCAACUUCGUUGCAGUUUUUGUGUCUGCCAUGAGGUGGAUUCGAACUUUUGUGGAAAAUGCUCAGAAAACAUUCCAUCUUCUGAAGCUAGAAUAAAAAAGAACAGAUGUGGAAAUUGUUAUAUUUGCCCUAGUUGUGAACAGGAGUUGUCUCCUAGAAUUGCUUCAACGAAAGCUCCCGCAGAAGGAGAAGAAAAAGUUGUAACUAAGAAAAUGUAUUAUUUAUAUUGCCAGUUUUGCAGAUGGAGCUCUAGAGAUGUUGGAAUUCCUGAUCAAUCCACAGUCACUGGAGGAUGGCCGGAAAGAGAAAAUGUACACACAAAUAGACUGCAAGAAUUAAUUGACUUAUACAAAGCUAUUGUUGUCGCUCAAAAACAGCAACAAGAAAAAGAUAAAAAGAAACAAAGGGGGAAAUUUGUUAGUUAUACUGAUAGAACUGGAGUUACAGCAGCUGCUCUUCGUAAAAGAAUAGGAUUACCUGCUGAUUUGACUCACCCCUUAUUGAAAUCGAAACCUAAGGAACCUGAGCCAGCAAAAGCAGAAACAGAAGUUGAAAAGCUGCCUGAUGAUAUUUUCACCAAGCCACUAAAUCUAAUGGAAGUUACAACAAUUGAACAACGCCUAUUGCAACCAGAGUCUCAACCAAUUACUGUGGAUAAACUAUUUCCUGUUCAUAAACAGCUCUCCAUCAAACGUACUCUGAGAUGCAGAUCAUGUGAGCAUAACGUUAGCAAACCAGAAUAUAAUCCGAGUUCAGUUAAAUUUAAGAUUCAACUUUUUGCUUAUUAUCAUAUACCAGAAGUACGAAUCGUAACAGUAGAGCCACUGAGGGCAGGAAAAACGAGUGAAUUGAUUUUGAAAUUUACAAAUCCUACUCAACAUCAAACAACCAUCACUUUUUGGGAACUGGAUUUAGAAAAGCAACAACAAGAAGUUAGUGAGAAUAAAAUGGAUCAAGUUACUGAAAGUGUUGACAAUUUGAGCAUUGCAGAGAAACAGUCUUUUUCUUUAUCAAGUCAACCAAGUAGUUUAUUGAGCCUUUCGUCUAGAUCGCCUUCAAUUGUAGUAAAGCCCAGGAAAAUAGCCGAAAAACCCAACUGCUCUGUUGAAAUUCCCACCAGUAACUUUAUUCUUCCUCCGAGAGAUGAUGCUGCUGAAUAUGAUGAUUCUGGAGAUACUCAUAACAUUCAAGAUGAUACUAAAUUAGUAAAAUGGAGGAAAUCUAAUAAAGCUUUUAUCAGACUCAACAUAACUCCAAAUGCUGAUCUUCCUUUAAACACGGAAAUUGUAUGUGGUUUUACAAUGGAGCAUAUCUACACUAACGCCAUCACCGGACAGCAAGAUAAAAAGGAGCCUCAAAAAUAUAAACAUAAAUUGAGAGUAUUUUUAACUUUAGGACAGUUGGUAGGAUCUGAGUAAACCCAUAUAUUUCAAUCAUGUGAGCUGUAACUGUUCUAAUUAUUAUGAAAGUAACUUUCGAGCAAUCCUACUAUGCCACAAAUUCAUAUAAAAUCUUCAUCAGCUAAUAUUUCUCAGACUUUGAAGUCGUCUAAAAAUUAUUUAAUAGAAAUGGUCACGGUGAGGAUGGAUAUAAACAUUUUUUUCUACCAAAUUAGCCCCCCUCCCAACCAUUUGUUAAAAACUAUUGAUUUUAAAGCCAAUCUUUCUACUCAACAUUCACCUUUUUCAGUUUAUCAUUGAUUUUAGGUAAAUACAGUGGAAACUCGAUUAACUGAACUAAUUGUCGUUAGGGAUUCGGAUAAUCGAAAGUCCAGAUAAUCGAAUAUAUGAAGAAAAGCGGGUUUUGUGCAUUAAAAUAAGUUUAAUAAUAGUAAUAUUUACUAAUGAAUAUUAAUAAAAAAUAAUAAUUUAAUAAUAAGUAUAAUUUGGUUUAAAAUAUUUGGUAAUUGGCAUUUGACGUAAGCUACUUUUUCUCCUCAUUGCUGCUGUAUCACGAAUUCGUUUCAGCUAAAGUAAACUCUGUUUGUUUUUCAAAACAUUUGAGAGCUGUUUCCAGAGCCUGAAUGGCUUCAUCAUGAAAUGCUCCUACAUAAUUUUCCACGUCUAUAUUUUCUUCUAUUUUAUCUUCUUGCAUUUCCUGCUGUUCAUUUAUCUGCAAUAUGUUUGAACUGUAAUGCUUUUUCACAGAGUAAAGGGCCAGAAAUCGGUUGCCCAGUUGAUAGUUUUUGUAAAAACCAACAAUACAAAGCGUUUUCUAAAAGUUCGUUUUUCGGUUUUUUCAUCAUUUUCCGAUGUUUACUCCGAUCUUCACUAUCUAAUUUGCAGGUGUACAACAAAAUUGAAUCGCUAUUCUUCCUAAUCAUCACUUAUCGUGGAUGUACCUACACCAUACUCAUCAGCUAACUUACGACCGGUUUCUCCUUUUUUUAAUGAAUCAAUAAUAUUUAUUCUGUCUUGAAGCGAUAACACAUUUGAUAUUUUCAAAUAUUUAGACGCGACACGCACAUCAACGUGGGGCAGCGACCCGAGGGGCGCGGACGGGGUAAUGCCAGUUCCGACUCGUUGUUGCUUGCAUAAAUUCGACUUUUAGUGCAUAUGUUAAAGAUUUUGUAACUUGGCUCAAUAUUACUUAAUUAUUUAAUUGGUCGCAAUUGAUAGUCCGGAUAAUCGAGGUUCUACUGUAUGUUCUGUUUGGAUUAUAGCUUGUAUAAUUGUUUUUAAAUUUAUCUUAUCGUAGUUUUCAGCUUUGUUAUUUCCUAGAAAUCCAGAAACUACUGCUUUAAAACUGUUCCAACUCGCUUUUGAGUACGAUUCAGUAACUUGUACAAUUUGUGGACCAACAAAAACCCAGCUCUAACAUUUACCUCUGGUAAUUUAGGAAAAAACGUUUCCAACUAUCCAAAAGCUUCUGAAGUUUGAUCGAGUUUUUCAACAAAUUAUUUCAUUAACCCUAGCUUAAUGUGCAGAGGUGGCAUUAACACUUUUUUCGCUUCAACAAUCGAAUCAUAUUUUACGUUUUGUUGUCAGACACAAAAUUUUGUUCUUACAGAAUAUAGUGCUGAGCAUCCGCUCUGUUAUCCCAUAAGAACAGGUAACACGGAUACUUUGUAUAUCUGAACAUUUUGAAAUUUCCAAUCAGUUACCAGUUAUACUUUACUGAUUUAAGCAAAAUUUUAACACUUUCAUAACUUUUUUUAAAUGUAUUGAAUGAGCCAAUGUAAGAGAUGGAAAUUCAUUUCCGUUGUGUAAUAAAACAGCUUUUAAGCUCUUUGUAGAACUGUCAAUGAAUAAACGCCAUUCUCUAGGAAUACAAGGUAUGCCAAUUUCUUCCAAUAUACCUUUUAGUCAUUACAAAAACAAAGUCCAUCCUCAUUUGUAAAAAACGUUGAGAAGGUUUCAUGGCUAGUUCUCUGAUUUGUGAUAUUAACAUCAGCAAGCAAAUUCCACAGUUUUAAACGAGAGCCUUAAAGUUCUGCUUUAUUUUUCAGCAAAUUCAAGUCAUUAAAAUCUUCUAUAGUUAGAAUAGGGUGUUUUGGUGAUUAUGGUAUAGGUGAAAAUUCCUUAACAGAAUUACUUCUGUUAGAACUAAGAGAUGAGCUACUUUUUUGAGAAAAUUUUUUCAGAGGUUCAUGCACUGGUCGCGUCAAGUCAUUUGCAAAUUGGAGUAGAAGAUUUAAGGUCGGGAUAUUUGAUUUACAAUUCAAAAGUAGCAGUCGUCGAUGUGGUCUUUCGGUUUUCGCCAGAUUCUUGGUAUUGCAAGAUUCAUAGACCUGUUCUAACCUCGGUACCAACCGGAAAUAAAGAAAUAAACAUUAAUAUGUUAGAAAAUUGGAUUCGAAUUAAAAACUGCUCACCUGCCAAAUAUCUUUUAAAAUAACUGCAAGAAGCAUGUGGAGCUCAUGGCUUGCCUUGAUUCCAAACAGAACAGUGAAAAUAUGCUUUGUAGGCUUCACAGAGAACAUGAGAUGUCUUUAGUUCAUAUUUUAAGUUUCAAACUUUAAUACAUAAAACGAAAUGCAUCAUCAUCAUAUUUACACCAGCCAUCUGGAGCCACGACGUGAAUGUAAAAACCCUACUCAGAUCUCGCAGUAUUUUUGAGUGCAUUAUAACUAAUUGAAAUUUAUAAAAAAAUUUGAAAAUUAGUAUUAUUUCUUUAACUAUCACAAAAGCAAACUUAAUAUCAAAAAAAGUUAUUGUCUUUUCGUUUUUGUGUAUGAUUGACUGAAAAAUACUAAUAUAAACUUUAGGGCAAAAGAGGAAAAUUUUUUUGUUGAGUCGUGUAUCUUAGAUUUAUUGGUAAAAAGAAAAAUUUCUGCUUCAAUUAAUUCAUAGCUAGAUAUUUGUUAUUUAGAAUUAAAUCUUUUGGAGCUUUAUUCUGUUAAUAUUAUUUAAUAUUUAUUUCAAUUUUUGUAUUUUAAAUAAAUAUUUAAUUUGA